AGAGUCCUGAAAGAGAAAUGCAUUCUGAGUUAGAUAGCAAGACAAUGCAAGCCUUGUUGUGUUCAGCUGCAAAUUAACAUUUCUCUGUCUCUCUAGGUGAUGGAAUAGAUGAUGUCGGAAGUACAGGGCACUGUAGAGUUCUCGCUGGAGCUGCACAAGUUUCACAAUGUGGAUCUCUUCCAGAGAGGCUUCUAUCAGGUGAGGGCAGGGCUGCGUGUGUCUUCUCGGGUUCCCCACAGAAUCACUGCCACAACACCUGGAUACACAGGCGAGUGCAGUUUCAGCAGUGCAGGGGUUCAUGAUGGUGGUGUCUUCAGUCGGAUCUUUCAGAUCCUGUACAGGAAUGAGGAGGUGACCCUGGAGGACCGCAUGAACUUCAGAGUGCACCUGCUGCUGGACGGGGAGAGGGUGGAGGAAGCUGUGAGCAAGGUGGACUUCCAGCUCAAACUAGAUCUGCACUUCACUGACAAUGAACAGCAGUUGGCGGAUAUCUCUUCAGUGCCUCUGAUUAGCAGCAGGACGUUGGGUUUGCACUUCCAUCCACACCAAGGCCUACACCAUCACCUGCCCGUCAUGUUUGACUAUUUCCACCUGUCCGUCAUCUCCGCCUCAAUCCACGCCUCCCUGGUGGCACUGCACCAACCACUGAUCAGUUUCGCGCGCAGCGGUAAGGGGGCGUGGCUGGGUAAAGGCUCUCCAGAGAGUGAAGCUCCGCCCUCUGUGAUGUCAGUGGAGAAUCUGAUGUUUGGGGCGGGAUAUUGCAAACCUGUGCCAACAGAGGGCAGUUUUUACGUGCCGUCGGAGAACUGUCUGCAGAGAGCUUACACGUGGCACCGGCGCAUCUGUAAACUGUUGCUGGCGGCUCACAGAGCUCUGCGCUCCUAUUACACGGCGCUAAUGAAGGAGAUCCCUCAACUGCAACACAUAGAGAUGGAGGACCUUCCUCUUGAAGAAACAUUAAACCAGCUCACCAUUGAACUGCAGUUGCAGAGCGGUCAUGAGAAGGUAGCAGAACAGAUCAGUAAAGAACUGACGCAGCUCUGUGCUCAGCUGGCUGCUCUUUGGACACAGUUUUUGGAAGCCACGGUUCCUAAUCCACAUAUCCGCUCACAUCUGGCCCAGGAGCACCACACACUCAGGGUCAGGAGAUUUUCUGAAGCAUAUUUCUUCACUGAACAUCCCAAAGAGUCCUCACUCACAUUUCAGGAGGAGCUUAUCAACAGACACGCACAGGUGGCCCCAGAGAUGCGCAACUCUGAUUACCUGCUCCGAAUGCCUCCACUUCCUGUGGAAUGCCUGGACAUCGACGGAGACUGGAGCAGCCUGCCAAUCAUCUUCGAGGACAGAUACGUGGACACGCCCUGUUUAGACUACAACCUCCAUGUGGAAAAUCAGACUGUCUUAAACUCUCAGCCAUGUCCUGAGCCAACAAGGAUGGAAGAUCAAACCAUCAUUCCGGUUGAGGGAACACAGGACACCAAUUCACCAGCAACACCCCCUGAUGAACCUCCCUGUGAAGAUUACAUGGACUUGCCCACAUACAUGGCCCUGAUUGGCCGGCAGGAGGACUGCAUCACUGACUAUAAAGAGACCAGAGCUCAAGCAGAGACUCUGAUUGGCCAUGUGGGAGAAACUGAUAUUGAUAGAAGCGAAUGUAUCACGACCUCAGAUUCAAGAAUUUAUUCUGUUGAUAAGGCCAGAUGCCAGUAUGAAACUGAGGAAGGAUUCGAUGUUGAUUGUAGGUCUGUAGACAGCGAUGAAGCAAUAGAUACAGGUAACCUUGAGAAAGCUAGUUGCCAAAAAGAAGUAGUUGACUUUGUUGAAUCUGAUCAUGCGGGUCUAAAACAAACAAAUGUUCCCAAAAGUACUGAUUUUAGUAGCGGACAGACUUUGCUGCUUGUUCCGACGGUUGCUGCAGAACUUCCCGACCUCACCAGCAUUGACAGCUUUGAGUUCUUGCCCACUCAUAACCAUGACAACCAUCUUGAAACUCCAGGCAAUACAGGGAGUCUUGGCAACGACCAGCCACAGUCGGUAUUAGAUAACAGAUACACUGAAGCACCUGCAAAGGAUUAUGGGAGCAAGGAUACAUCACCAGCUAAUCUACUGAACACCAACUCAAUGGGAACCGACACUUUAGCCACGUCUCCUUCUCGUAAUGUUAUACAACAGAUCCGUCGCUUGUCCGAAACCCCGCCCAAGGGCAUAUUCUUGGGUGGCGCUAAACUAAUGAACCGCUCCUCCUCCGUUAUCUCGGAUUCUGGUAUUGAGAGCGAGCCAAGCUCCAUGGCCUGGACCCUGGAAGGUCGAGGAAUUGUCAGUGGGGGUCGUGACGUCUUGCAGAACUUGGCGCGUCGUCAGCCGGCGCAUCAGAGCUCUUUGGAGGGCCUACAGAUGGAAAGUCACGGCAGCCUGCCCAGUGCCACGCAGGCCUCUCUGACCUCCAUAAGCUCCCUGCCUUAUGAAGAGGAGGAGGAGAGGCAGCUCAAUACUUUGACCAAAUCCGCCUCAGCGCCACAGAUCAGCAGUCCUGACGACACAGAGGAAGAUCAUGAAACACCCAAUCAGGAGAAGAGGAAUGUUUGUGUGGCCAAUCAGCCGAGGCUGAGUGAGGAAGCAGCCAAAGAAAUGAAGCAGAAACUUCAAGGAGUUACUAGAGAGGAUAGAGAGGAAACAACCAAUCAGGAGAAGAGGAAUGUUUGUGUGGCCAAUCAGCUGAGGCGGAGUGAGGAAGCAGCUAAAGAAAUGAAGCAGAAACUUCAAGGAGUUACUAGAGAGGACAGAGAGGAAACAACCAAUCAGGAGAAGAGGAAUGUUUGUGCAGCCAAUCAGCUAAGGCAGAGUGAGGACGGAGCCAAUGAGGUGAAGCAGAAUCUUCAAAGUGUUACUAAGGAGUACAGAAACGAAACAACCAAUCACGAGAUCGACGUGGAUGAGUUGUCCAAUCAGGAAACAGCAGAUCUUGAAUUAGCUAAUCCAGUAAUGUUACUAUACCAGCAAUGUGGGACGCACAAUGGUGUUGAAAACGCCACAGUGGAGGAACCGAAUGAAAACUCAGAGGAAAGUCAAGCAAACAUAUUCCUUGAAGAGUAUUCUGCUCUAAAUGAUGACAACACAAAGAUCUGUAGCUGUGAAAAUAAAUACUGCGAACACAAGGGGGUGCUAGAAUCAAACACAUAUCAAAAGGACCGCGAUGACAUCAGUGUCUGUCACAUUCAUUUGAAUGAAUUUGAAGAAGUAAGUAUGGAGAACCUUCCAGAUCCACCAAUCAAUGCCAAGAGCAGUUACAAAAUUGCUGCCAAUGAGAAAGAAAUGCCUGCUGAUCUCAUCAAGCUUCCGGCCAAUGAGGGAGAGCAGCAGGCGCUAGAGGGGCAGAGCAGAGCCAGUAAAGUGCCAAGUACAGGUCUGGCAUUCGUGAAUAAAAAGGUGGUGGAGGUAGUCAACCUGUCAGUGUCAUGCGCUCCCACAUGUCUGCCCUUCUCGUCUGUUCUACGUGAUUCGCCAUCGGUUAGCGGAAUCUCCAUGCGCCAGGCCACUUCCCCCAUUACCCAUCAACCCCUAGGCUCAUUUGGGAUAAUUUCCUCCAACUCCUCCUUCGGCGCUGAUCAGGAAAUCAACGAGAGAAUGAUUAACUUCUAUAAGGCAAAGGAAGCCAUGCUGAGGGAUCUGGUGUUCAGAGGCACUCUCUACAGUGACCUGCCUUACCUCGCCUCUGAUCACCCAUACUUCCCUCCUGAGGAAGACGACACCGAGUUUGAGGAUGGGAUCCACCUCGUGGUGUGUGUCCAUGGACUUGAUGGUAAACGUUCUAACCUUGAAGACAUUUGGAUUAAUAUCUGCAAACUUUUUAAGAUUUAAAAAAUAAUAGCUGCAUCUGUAGUAAAUUGUUUUUUUUCAGAACGCAACCAGACGGACACCUUUGCAGAUUUUGACACCAUGACUGACAGACUUCUGGACGAGAUAAUUCAGCACAUCCAGCUGUAUAACCUCACCAUCCACCGAAUCAGUUUUAUCGGACACUCUUUGGGGAACGUCAUCAUUCGCUCUGUGCUGACCCGACCCAGAUUUCGCUGUUACCUCUGUAAACUCCACACCUUCCUGUCCCUGUCUGGACCCCACCUGGGAACACUGUACAGCAACAGCACGCUGGUCAGCACAGGUCUGUGGCUAAUGCAGAAACUGAAGAAGUCUGGUUCCCUACUGCAGCUUACGUUCAGGGACCACACCGACCCGCGACAGACCUUCCUCUACACACUCAGCAAGAAACCAGGUCUGCAGUUCUUCAGGAACGUGGUGUUGGUGGCCUCUCCACAGGACCGAUAUGUGCCCUUCCACUCGGCCCGCAUUGAGAUGUGUCGGACUGCGCUUAAAGACAGAACCACAGGUCCAGUAUAUACAGAGAUGAUCAAUAACUUACUCCAGCCAUUGCGGAGCGCUCCAAAUUGUCGUUUGAUCAGGCAGAACGUGUUCCACGCAUUACCGAACACGGCCAACACGCUGAUCGGACGCGCAGCUCACAUCGCGGUGCUUGACUCUGAACUCUUCCUGGAGAAGUUCCUUCUGGUGGCCGGGCUCAACUACUUCAAAUAGCCAUGCUUUCGAGAUGACAUCAUGCCUUGAGUUGAGUGGGAGAGCCAAUCAGAUUACACGUCACGUCAGCCAAUCACACUUCAUUUCAGAGUCUUAAUGAGCUCUGGAAUUUUUUUUUCAGUCUUUGGACACAAAGAAAAAACUGAAAUUGAAGAUUCAGACGGUGAAUGUGAAUUCACAUAUGUAAAGUCUGUACAGGAAGAACAUUGUAUACUAAGCAAAUAGAGGAAACUAACAGCUGGAGGCCUACACACACCUUAACGAAGCUUUAUGACGUAGUAACGUAACACUGAAUAAUCCUAACUGGAGAGUUAAUUAUGUGAAUGUAAAUUCGGUGUGUAGCUGGUCUUGUAACAACCGCCUUGGUUCUUCAUUCCCUCCAGUCACCGAACAUAUAUUUGCUGCGCCGUUCGUAACUUGAAGAGGUCAAUAUCACAGGGCUUUAUACUUGAAGAGUAAAUUCAGUCAUUGGUGUUUGAGUUUUUCAUUACGUUAGUGUUUUCAUGUCUCUUUUUACUGAGUCAUUCUUUUAUAGUUUGUGUGUUUCGACUGUUAUGUUGUGAAGUGCGAGUCUCACUGUGAAAUAAGCCAAAUCCAUUGGGUUUUAUGUGUUGUGAUGGAAUACAUUCUGUCGGUUUCCCCUGUAACCGUGUUCAUUGGGUGCACAGAGAACAUGUUCUGAAUGUGUUUACCAUUCCAGCCUUAACUAUCAAAAAAGUGAGCAUUUCUAAGCAUCUUCGAUCAAUGUUCAUUUCAAUGUUACGUUCAUUCAUUUUAAAUGGUUAGUUCACUAAAAUGAACAUUUGGUCAUCAUUUACUCAC